GGCGAGGCGCGCAGGCGCGGGGCGGCCCGCAGAGCCCGUCGGCGAGGAGCGGAGCGGAGGCGAGCGCAGCGCGCCAUGGUGGAUUACCACAGCGCCGGGCAGCCCUACGCCUAUGGCGGCAACGGGCCCGGGGCCAACGGCGACUACAUGGCCCAGGAGGAUGACUGGGACCGCGACCUCCUCCUCGACCCGGCCUGGGAGAAGCAGCAGCGCAAGACGUUCACGGCCUGGUGCAACUCCCACCUGCGGAAGGCUGGCACACAGAUCGAGAACAUCGACGAGGACUUCCGCGACGGCCUCAAGCUCAUGCUGCUCCUGGAGGUGAUUUCGGGGGAACGAUUGCCAAAACCAGAGCGGGGGAAAAUGAGAGUGCACAAGAUCAACAACGUGAACAAAGCGCUCGAUUUCAUCGCCAGCAAAGGCGUCAAGCUGGUCUCCAUCGGAGCCGAAGAGAUCGUCGAUGGUAACGCGAAGAUGACCCUGGGCAUGAUAUGGACGAUUAUCCUCAGAUUCGCCAUUCAGGACAUCUCUGUGGAAGAGACCUCCGCCAAGGAAGGCUUGCUGCUGUGGUGUCAGAGGAAGACGGCCCCUUACAAGAACGUCAACGUGCAGAACUUCCACAUCAGCUGGAAAGAUGGUCUUGCUUUCAACGCCUUGAUCCACAGGCACAGACCCGAGCUCAUCGAGUACGACAAGCUCAGAAAGGACGACCCCGUGACAAAUCUGAACAACGCCUUCGAAGUGGCCGAGAAGUACCUGGACAUCCCCAAGAUGUUGGAUGCGGAGGACAUUGUCAACACAGCCCGCCCUGACGAGAAAGCCAUCAUGACCUAUGUGUCAAGCUUCUACCAUGCCUUUUCCGGGGCUCAGAAGGCCGAGACCGCGGCCAACCGGAUCUGCAAAGUGCUGGCCGUGAACCAGGAAAACGAGCACCUCAUGGAGGACUACGAGAAACUGGCUUCCGACCUGCUGGAGUGGAUUAAACGCACUAUCCCCUGGCUCGAGGACCGCAGCCCCCAGAAGACCAUCCAGGAGAUGCAGCAGAAGCUGGAAGACUUCCGCGACUACCGGCGCAUCCACAAGCCUCCCAAAGUGCAGGAGAAAUGCCAGCUGGAGAUCAACUUCAACACCUUGCAGACAAAACUGCGGCUGAGCAACAGGCCUGCUUUCAUGCCCUCGGAGGGGAAGAUGGUCUCAGAUAUCAACAACGGCUGGCAGCACUUGGAGCAGGCGGAGAAGGGCUACGAGGAAUGGCUGCUGAACGAGAUCCGGCGGCUAGAGCGGCUCGACCACCUGGCCGAGAAGUUCAGGCAGAAGGCGUCCAUCCACGAGUCCUGGACUGAAGGCAAGGAGGCCAUGCUGAAGCAGAAGGACUACGAGACCGCCACCCUGUCGGACAUCAAAGCCCUCAUCAGGAAGCACGAGGCGUUCGAGAGCGACCUGGCAGCCCACCAGGACCGCGUGGAGCAGAUUGCGGCCAUCGCGCAGGAGCUCAACGAGCUGGAUUACUACGACUCUCCCAGCGUGAACGCCCGGUGCCAGAAGAUCUGUGACCAGUGGGACGUCCUGGGUUCCUUGACCCACAGUAGGAGAGAGGCCCUCGAGAAAACGGAGAAGCAGUUGGAAACGAUCGACGAGCUGCACCUCGAGUACGCGAAGAGGGCGGCCCCCUUCAACAACUGGAUGGAGAGCGCCAUGGAAGACCUUCAGGACAUGUUCAUCGUCCACACCAUCGAGGAGAUCGAGGGACUCAUUGCCGCUCACGACCAGUUCAAAUCCACCCUGCCCGAUGCCGACAAGGAGCGCGAAGCCAUCCUGGGCAUCCAGAGGGAGGCGCAGAGGAUCGCGGACUUCAACAGCAUCAAGCUGUCCGGGAAUAACCCUUACACUUCCGUCACCCCGCAGAUCAUCAACUCCAAGUGGGAGCGGGUCCAGCAGUUGGUGCCUAAGAGGGACCACGCCCUGCUCGACGAGCAGAGCAAGCAGCAGUCCAACGAGCACUUACGGCGGCAGUUCGCCAGCCAGGCCAACAUCGUGGGACCGUGGAUCCAGACCAAGAUGGAGGAGAUCGGGCGCAUCUCCAUCGAGAUGAACGGCACGCUGGAGGACCAGCUCAACCACCUCAAGCAGUACGAGCAGAGCAUCGUGGACUACAAACCCAACAUCGACCUGCUGGAGCAGCAGCACCAGCUCAUUCAGGAGGCGCUCAUCUUCGACAACAAGCACACCAACUACACCAUGGAGCACAUCCGCGUGGGCUGGGAGCAGCUCCUCACCACCAUCGCCCGCACCAUCAAUGAGGUGGAGAACCAGAUCCUGACACGCGACGCCAAGGGCAUCAGCCAGGAGCAGAUGCAGGAGUUCAGGGCUUCCUUCAACCACUUCGACAAGGACCACGGCGGCUCCCUGGGACCGGAGGAGUUCAAAGCCUGCCUCAUCAGCUUGGGAUACGACGUGGAGAACGACCGCCAGAAGCGCACAGGAAGCAUGGACACGGAUGACUUCCGAGCUCUCCUUAUCUCCACAGGAUACAGCCUGGGCGAUGCCGAAUUCAACCGGAUAAUGAGCGUCGUGGAUCCCAACAACAGCGGGAUCGUCACCUUCCAGGCCUUCAUCGACUUCAUGUCCCGGGAGACGACCGACACGGACACGGCCGACCAGGUCAUCGCCUCCUUCAAGGUCCUCGCUGGGGACAAGAACUACAUCACGGCCGAGGAGCUGAGACGGGAGCUGCCCCCGGACCAGGCCGAGUACUGCAUCGCCCGCAUGGCUCCCUACCAGGGCCCCGACGCCGUGCCCGGCGCCCUCGACUACAAGUCUUUCUCCACGGCGCUGUACGGCGAGAGCGACCUGUGAGGCGGCGGCGGCGGCGGCACCGAGCGCUGGCGCUUCGUGGCGGAGCCGGGGCAGCCCCCCGUUCCCGCUGGCGCGCGCGUCCCCUCCCCACCCCGAACCCGCCGGCGACGGAGAGCCCGGGGCCCUUCGCCUGCCUUCCCGGCCGAUUUGCCGUUAUUAUAUCUCGACCGCGUUACCUAUGCAAAACGAUUUUAUUUUUGAAUUUCUUUUUUUUUUGGGGGGGGAGGGGGGGGUCCGGUUCCCCACCCUGCUCGGUUAGAGGGGCUCGAAAACGGGGUUUUCUCACCGUCACUCGCUUUGGGGUUUCUUGGCACGGGGUUGGGGCGGGGAGGGGAAGGCCCGAAGCGCCCGGCGGCUCUGCUUCAGAUGGUUAUUUUUUUUAAUAUAUCCCCUUCUAUUUUUUCAAACGACCUUAAGGAAGAGAGAAAAAAAAAGGAAAAAAAAAAAAAAAAGAAAUCUGCUGUCGACCGGUCUGUUUAAAGCGGAGCCUUGUCCCCCCCCCCCCCCUUCUCUCUGCUCCCUCCUGCCCACUGGCUCUGCCCCUCCUUUAAUUUAUGCCUCUGCGCAGCCCAAACCCGAACCGGUCUCGACGGGGGAAGGAAAAAAAUAACCCCCACCCCAAAACGGGAAUAGCGCCGGAGCCCCCUCGCGGGGAGGCGGACGGGGCCCCAACGCGCCCUUUCCCGGCCGGAGCGAGGCACCGAGCCGGCGGCGGCGGCCUCCAGCCCUGGAGCAGGUUUUUUCUGAGGACCAAAAAUUAAAAAACAAAAAAAAGAAAAAAGCAAAAAAAGUUAAAAAAUUAAAAAAAAAAUGACACCCCUUCCCACCACCACCACCACCACCACACACAAUUCCGCUCUUUUAAAUGAAAUCAAGAAGGUUCCUAUUUACUUUAUUAACUUACGGAUUUAUUAUAUAAAUAUAUAUUCACCUAGCAGCUUCUGUCACGGGGUUUCUUUGGCGCGCGGUUGAGGCGACGGCACGUGGAGCGGUGUGAGGCUGGGGCCGCCCUCGGGGACGCCGCGGCCACCGGCGCUGUCCCGGGCAAUAAAACGUGUCCUGUUUUUAA